AUGCCCGUCAGGGAGCCCGCCGUGGACGCGAAAUCGCAGCAGCGGCGCAAAGCUCCAACGCUGAGAGGACAUGACUGGGAGCCCCUCAAAACGAGGAUAGUCGAGCUCUAUGUCAGGCAAAACAUGUCCUUGCCAGACGUAAGAGCUCUCAUGCAAAAGGAGCGAGGUUUCGAAGCUACGCUGCGACAAUACCGAAGUCGAAUUUCGCAAUGGGGACUGGAUAAAAAUGUCAAGACAAGGGAGAUGGACUUUAUUGCCCGCAAAUACUACGAAAGACAAGCCUAUCUUGCAUCACGCUCACCGUACGCUUUUCGGGUCCGCGGCAAAGCUGUACCCUUGGCCAAGAUACGUCGCUGGGUCGAGAGGACAAGUACGAAACGAAACGACGUUACGGAAGCCAGGGCAAGCACCCCGAGCGACGUUAGUUAUUGGUCGGAUUGCGAACAGCAGGCAUCGGAGGCGGGUGGCAUGUCCUCAACAGUGCAUGAACCCGAUCAGAAAAGUGCCCCAAGCCCCGCCUCGAGUUCCGAUAAGGUCGAUGAGGAAGUAACAGACGACUCCAUCAGAGAUCACCUGGCAAGUCUCGUGCGUUACAGGCAACCUUCCGCCAGGGACUCCCCGGUGUCUUCGCUGCAAGACCUUUACCGGCAGCAAGAUCUAUCCACCCUACUCGGGUCGCUAGAAAUCGACGACGUUCUCGUCGGCCCGUACGUCGCGGACGCCGAGGCCAACAAUUCGAACGGGAUCCGAGCCGGCUUCGCUCCUGACCUGCACACAUCCGUUGGCGGCCCUCUAUUUGAAUUCGAGUUGGCGCAGAAGGCUGAAGAGAAAAUUACUGGGGGAAAGCUUACCUCACUUGUUCAACUUUUCUUCCAACACGCCUACCCCUUCGUACCGGUUCUAGACAAGCAAGACUUUCUGCAGCGCUGGGACUUGGACAGAGAAUCGAUCCCCUUACCAACGCGCAGCGCCAUCUUCAGCCUCGUGGAGACUCUCAACGACGCUCCUGAGAACGCGUUAAAGUGGUUUCGUCUCGCAAGAGGUCAACUUUCUCCGUCUCGUAACCUGGCAGACCUCAGCACUCUACAGGCCCUUCUGAUCCUGCUCAAGGCGAAAGAGUCGAUGCCAAAAGAAAAUUACUACUUUGACUCGUGGCUGGGUAUUUCUAGGUGCAUCGAAAUAGCUCAGAGUCUUGGGCUGAGUCGCCAUACCACUCACCAGCAGACUGGUUCCUGUGAUUCCAGUGUCGCCGAGUGUCGACUUAUGCGGCGGAUCUGGCAGACGAUCUACGUGGUUGAAGUUAUGAUCAGCUACCCAAAUGUGCCUCUGGGGACUGUGGACUUUUAUUUAGGUCUGGGCGAAGACGCCGAUCCAGCGAUGCCGGAAGAAUCCCAAUUUACGCAACUCGCCCGUCUUUUACGCAGCAUUAAAGAACUAUACUCUACGUACCUGGUGGGAAAGGUCGACGCUAGACUGGCCACAGAAACGGAAUUUCUCCGUCACAAAUCUACCCUGGAGAUGUGGCUGAAUAGCCUGCCUGCCCGACUGGCACUCGAUCGCGGUAGUGAGGGUUCAUGUCUAAACAUCAGCUCUGCCUUCGUCGGACAUCUUCACGCCUUUUACUGCCUCGGGCUGAUCAUGCUCAACCGGGUCCAACUGCCACUCUACAACCAACACACCGCAAAUGCGCAGUGGCUAACACACAUGCUACUCUGCCACGCCGCGGCCAAGGAGCAGUGCCGCCUUCAUGAGGCUAUCAUCCAGCAAUUUGGCUUGCGUGGGGUGCAAUGCAUGCAACGGGGGGCAAACUUUACAAUUUACUGCAUGCUCCUGUGCGUAGCCGUACAUCUGGCUGCGCUCACGUCGCCAGAUCCAAGGCUGCAUUCGGAUGCUGCAGACUACCUCGUCCGACAGAUGCGACUUCUAGAAAGUUGUCAAAAUCUCUGGCCAUCACCCGAGCUCGCCGCCGAAGUCUGCAAGCUACGCGAAUUACUCUCGGACAGGGAACCAAAUGCCUCCUGCUCCAAAGAUACUACUUGGACAGAGGAUGCAGGCGCCGCUGCCUAUGCCCAGAGCUUGUUAAGCGACUUGCUUCCUGGUGACAUAGACGAAAGCGACGUGAAUUCAUGGAUCGACUCUUUCCUCUAA